CAACUUAUUAUUAUUAUUCCUCUUAAACCAGAAAAAGGCUUGACAUUUUAUUUUGGUUCAAAAGAUCAAAGAUGUAUUUUUUUUUUUUUAUUAUUGACAACAAAAAUAUUUAGUAUAAAAUCAGUAAUAGAAUUGAGGAGGUAGUAGAAACUAGAAACUAGAAACUAGAAAGCUGCUUCCUUUUCCUUUCUUUUUUUUAAUAAUAAUAUUUCGUUCAUACGUUUGGGGGAAAAAGGCAAGUGCGUUUUUAGUGAAUAAAAAAAACCAUCACAGGUUUUUUUCAAACGAGUUUGAUCAAAUCCAUUUUCAGAUUAUGUUUCAUUUUUGUCUGUUAUUAUUAUUUAGGAGGUUGGUUGGUUUGACAAAGUAAAUUAAAAAAAAUAAAAGAAGAAGGCAAAUCUAUCUUUUGUGUGUAAAUUUUGAGUUUUGAUAAUGAUGAUGAGUUGCCGUUUGGCGAAAAGCUAUGGUUUUAUCAGAUUGUUCUUCUUGUGUAGUAGUAAUAAUAAGAAUAAUAAUGGGAGUCGUCUUCUUCGUUUUCCUCAAUUCCCGGCUGAUGCGUUCUCUGCGUUUCGCAGUUCGAGGUACAGAUCCAUGAUGUCUGCUUCUUCCUCCUCCUCCUCCUCAAACCCCAUGUCCCGUGAGGAUGCUACACUCCUCCCAUCCAUUGAUGACAAGUACGGUGGCGUCAGGACCGAGAUGACUCAUCCCAUGGAUCCUUCUCUCUUCUCCUCACUUCUCCGUGCCUCUCUCUCUAACUGGACUCUUCAGGGCAAGAAAGGAGUGUGGAUCAAAUUGCCAAAGCACCUUAUCGGUCUUGCUGAAAGUGCUGUUAAGGAGGGAUUCUGGUUUCAUCACGCCGAGAAAGACUACUUGAUGCUUGCGUAUUGGAUCCCCAAAGAUGUCCAUACGCUUCCUGCCAAUGCAUCUCACCGUGUUCGCAUAGGUGCCUAUGUCAUUAACCACAACAAAGAGGUGCUGGUCGUUCAAGAGAAGACAGGACAAUUUCAAGGCCAAGGUAUCUGGAAGUUCCCCACCGGAGUAGUGAAUGAGGGUGAAGAUAUCCAUGAUGGCUCAGUCAGAGAGGUGAAAGAAGAGACUGGAGUGGAUACAGAAUUCGUCCAAAUAUUGGCGUUCAGACAAACACACAAAACCUUCUUUGAAAAGUCAGAUUUGUUCUUCGUUUGCAUGUUAAAGCCCCUUUCUUUGGAGAUCAAUGCACAGGAAUCAGAGAUUGAGGCAGCUCAGUGGAUGCCUUGGGAGGAAUACACAAAGCAACCAUUUGUACAGAAGCAUGAACUCUUGAGGUAUAUGACAGACAUUUGCUCUGCUAAAACCGACGGAGGCUACGAAGGCUCCACUCCUAUUCGUGUCUCGGCGCCUGAUCAACAAGGGGCGCCUGAUCAACAAGGAAACUUGUACUACAACACCCGCGACUUACAUUCGCGCCAUUGACCUUCUUUCUCAACAAACAGAGCAGUCCUCACAGAUUCUAACGAAGCUGGUUUAUUUGCUGCCUCUCUCUCUCUCUCUAUCUAUGUAAGCAUUUUGACUGACACUUGAAUCUUUUUAGCUCUCAACCAAAAACAUAAAAAGCAUCACAAAUGAAAACAUAUGCAUUCAGUGCGAUCCAAA